GACAACUGCACCUACAAUGACCUCCACAGCAAGUCCAUAUACAGUACCUCAGGCUUUUGAAAACCACUGGCCACAGAUGGUGAUGAAUCCUUCAUGCAAUUCCCUCCAAGACCCAGGAGGAUUCAUUCAAGUCAGUGCAGUUUCUCCAAGGGAAAUGGAGCCAGGAAAACUUGAUACAGCAAGACAAAAAAUUCGGAGUCUGAAUAUAAGUCAAAUCCUCCAUGAAGAUGAAGAUGGAGACACGCUGCUUCACAUUUAUGCUGCAAAAGGAAUGAGGGAGUUUGCAUAUGCAGUAGCUGAGCUCCUACAGGAAUAUAACCAACUGGAUAUCAAGGAGCAUCGUGGGAAGACACCUUUACUAGUGGCCAUAACUGCUAACCAACCAGAUAUUGUUAAAGAUCUGAUUUUACUUGGUGCUGAUGUUAAUAUCUCUGACCAGAAUGGACAGACAGCACUUCACCUUGCAGCUACUUAUGGAUUGUCCAGUAUUAUUGAGGGUAUUAAUUCCACUGGAGCUGCUUUGAACAUAGAAGCAAGAAAUUUUGAAGGUCUAACUCCCCUUCACUGUGCUGUUAUUUCCCACAAUUCCACCUUCAAAAAGCAACUGUCUAUGCAGCAGCAGGUCAUGGCCCAUGAGAAAAUGAUAUGCAUACAGCUCCUGCUCCACAUGGGUGCCAACAUUUUCAGUCAGGAAAUAAAGAGCAACAAGACUGUUUUACACUUGGCUGUUCAGGAGGGAAACCUGCCUCUUGUUAAAUUCUUCCUCGAGCUUGAAUUCCAAGACAAGCAAAAGUUUGUUAACCUGAAGGCACAUGGAAAUACAGCACUGCAUAUGGCUGCUGGCCUCCACAAUGAUGAUAACCAGGAACAAAUUAUCAGACUGCUACUCGCUCAUGGGGCAGAUGUUAGUAUUCGAAAUCUGGAGAAUGACCAAGCCGUGCAUCUGCUGCAACCUGGAGAGAAAGGAGAGAGGAUAAAACAUUUGCUGAAAAGAGGCAGAGCUAUGACAUCUUCAAGGCAUCAGAAUAUAUCCUUAUAGGAGUUUACCAGACAUGGACUGCUUUUUUAGUCCCUGCGUAUAUUCCCCCACUUGGUGGAAAAACAUUGUACCUCCAAAAAUGGAGCAUUGGUUUCUUUAGCUUAAUCCUCUGGACAUGAUUUCCUUUUUUUAAAAUGUUAUUUAAACAAAUGGACAGAAACUAACUUAUUCUAUUUAAUUUGCAUCAACAAACUAUUAAUGUGAGGGGAAGAGACAUCACUUUUUCACUAAUGAGAAU